AUGAUGUUAAGUGCUAAUUCAUGUUUCACUGUACUUUUACUUGGAAUUAGUCUGCUGUCUAUAUGUGUGUUUACAUUUCAAAAUGAUCUCAAACAAAUUGAAUAUGAAGAUUCUCUUUGUAUUUUUCGAGCUUAUUUUGGUUAUAGUGUAUGUGCUAUGAUGAAUUAUUCAUUUCUAUUACAAGCUUUAAAUCGUUAUAUUAUAGUCAUUUACCCACAUCGUUUAUUUUGGCAAUCAAUUCGAAGUCAAAUAUUUCUUAUUUGUAUAACAUGGAUGUUUAGUUCUGUUUAUCCAUUGGAAUUUUUGUUAUCUGGUGAAAUAGUUUAUGAUAGAAAUAAUCAGAUAUGUCAAAUACCUUUUCAACUUUCCUUCUCAAUUAAUUAUAUGGGAUUCUGUGUCUAUGUAAUACCCGUAUUGACAACUAUAUUUAUUUAUUUUAAACUAGUUCGAUAUGUGAAACAAAUGAAUAAACGUGUAAUACCUGCAAAUAUUUUAUUACGUGCACAUCGAGAAUUAAAAAUGGUUCGUCGAACAGUUAUACUUAUAAUAAUUUUAAUUACAGUUUGUCUUCCAUAUCAAAUAUUAAUUAUUAUAUCAUUCUUUACUUAUCCACCAAAAUAUCAUUUUCGAAUUGUUUACAUAAUAAUUAAUAUAUCAUCAGCAUGCAUAAUAAUUGUCUUAUUUCAAUUUACAGAUCAACUUAAAUCAUCUAUAAUGAAAAGAACAGGACGUCCACCAAAUGCUGUACUACCAGGUGUGCCAUAA